AUUUCUUUUUCACUUCCCCUUUCAGACUCCAGAAUUUGUUUGCCCUCUAGGGUAGAAUCCGCCAAGCUUUGAGAGAAGGCUGUGACUGCUGUGCUCUGGGCACCAGCUCGCUCCAGGGAGUGAUGGGAAUCCUGUCAUUCUUACCUGUCCUUGCCACUGAGAGUGACUGGGCUGACUGCAAGUCCCCCCAGCCUUGGGGCCAUAUGCUUCUGUGGACAGCUGUGCUAUUCCUGGCUCCUGUUGCUGGGACACCUGCUCCCCCAAAGGCUGUGCUGAAACUCGAGCCCCAGUGGAUCAACGUGCUCCAGGAGGACUCUGUGACUCUGACAUGCCGGGGGACUCACAGCCCUGAGAGCGACUCCAUUCAGUGGUUCCACAAUGGGAAUCUCAUCCCCACCCACACGCAGCCCAGCUACAGGUUCAAGGCCAACAACAAUGACAGCGGGGAGUACACGUGCCAGACUGGCCAGACCAGCCUCAGCGACCCUGUGCAUCUGACUGUGCUUUCCGAGUGGCUGGUGCUCCAGACCCCUCACCUGGAGUUCCAGGAGGGAGAAACCAUCGUGCUGAGGUGCCACAGCUGGAAGGACAAGCCUCUGGUCAAGGUCACAUUCUUCCAGAAUGGAAAAUCCAAGAAAUUUUCCCGUUCGGAUCCCAACUUCUCCAUCCCACAAGCAAACCACAGUCACAGUGGUGAUUACCACUGCACAGGAAACAUAGGCUACACGCUGUACUCAUCCAAGCCUGUGACCAUCACUGUCCAAGCGCCCAGCUCUUCACCGAUGGGGAUCAUUGUGGCUGUGGUCACUGGGAUUGCUGUAGCGGCCAUUGUUGCUGCUGUAGUGGCCUUGAUCUACUGCAGGAAAAAGCGGAUUUCAGCUCUCCCAGGAUACCCUGAGUGCAGGGAAAUGGGAGAGACCCUCCCCAAGAAACCAGCCAAUCCCACUAAUCCUGACGAGGCUGACAAAGUUGGGGCUGAGAACACAAUCACCUAUUCACUUCUCAUGCACCCGGAUGCUCUGGAAGAGCCUGAUGACCAGAACCGUAUUUAGUCUCCAUUGUCUUGCAUUGGGAUUUGAGAAGAAAAUCAGAGAGGGAAGAUCUGGUUAUUUCCUGGCCUAAAUUCCCGUUGGGGAGGACAGGGAGAUGCUGCAGUUCCAAAAGAGAAGGUUUCUUCCAGAGUCAUCUACCUGAGUCCUGAAGCUCCCUGUCCUGAAAGCCACAGACAAUAUGGUCCCAAAUGACCUACUGCACCUUCCGUGCUUCAGCUCUUCUUGACAUCAAGGCUCUUCCGUUCCACAUCCACACAGCCAAUCCAAUUAAUCAAACCACUGUUAUUAAUAGAUCAUAGCAACUUGGGAAAUGCUUAUGUUACAGGUUACAUGAGAACAAUCAUGUAAAUCUAUAUGAUUUCAGAAAUGUUAAAAUAGACUAACCUCUACCAGCACAUUAAAAGUGAUUGUUUCUGGGUGAUAAAAUUAUUGAUGAUUUUUAUUUUCUUUAUUUUUCUAUAAAGAUCAUAUAUUACUUUUAUAAUAAAACAUUAUAAAAACAA